GGCCGCCGAGGACCCGUCGUGCCGGGAAGGCAGGUCCCCGGAGCGCGCCCACGCGGGGCCGGGGCGGGCGGGACCGUGGCCUGCAGGACGCGGGCGGGCACGGCCCCAGCGGCAGCGCGCGUGGGCGAGCCGUGAUUGCAGCCCGUGCCCGGGCCACGGCACUUGGCAGUUUAUAGCGCUUCACGCCCCUAAUCUCAUUGGAGCCUCUGCCACCGCCCUGCCCAUGGCCGCCGGUGGCCCCGUUCCCGCAUGCAACCCCGAGGCUCGGACCUGGGAGAGCCCUGAGAGCGCGCCGCAGCCGCAGCGGCGGGGCUAGAGCCGGACUCUGGGCGGCGGGGCGGGGUCCCGGGCUCCUCCCCCGACCCUUCCUCCUCCCCACCGCCCCCAGGCGCCGGCCACAGCGCGAGCAGCGCCGCGUCCGCAGAGCCCCUGCGCCCCGCGCCCCCGCCUCCGCCGCGCACCUCGAGGACCCGGGGACCCGGCCCCGCGCUGACCGCGCCGCUGCGGGUGUGCACGGCCCCCGGCGCCCCUACCAGACACCAUGGACUGGAAGACGCUCCAGUCCCUACUGAGCGGCGUGAACAAGUACUCCACGGCCUUCGGGCGCAUCUGGCUGUCGGUGGUGUUCGUCUUCCGGGUGCUGGUGUACGUGGUGGCGGCGGAGCGUGUGUGGGGGGAUGAGCAGAAGGACUUUGACUGCAACACCAAGCAGCCGGGCUGCACCAACGUGUGCUACGACACCUACUUCCCCAUCUCCAACAUCCGCCUCUGGGCCCUGCAGCUCAUUUUCGUCACCUGCCCCUCGCUGCUGGUCAUCCUGCACGUGGCCUACCGCGAGGAGCGGGAGCGGCGGCACCGCCUCAAGCACGGGGACCAGUGCGCCAAGCUGUACGACAACGCGGGCAAGAAGCACGGCGGCCUGUGGUGGACCUACCUGCUGAGCCUCGUCUUCAAGCUCACCAUCGAGUUCGUCUUCCUCUACGUGCUGCACACGCUCUGGUACGGCUUCAGCAUGCCGCGCCUGGUGCAGUGCGCCAACGUGGCGCCCUGCCCCAACACGGUGGACUGCUACAUCGCCCGGCCCACCGAGAAGAAGGUCUUCACCUACUUCAUGGUGGGCGCCUCGGCCGUCUGCAUCGUGCUCACCAUCAGCGAGAUCUGCUACCUCAUCUUCCACAGGGUCAUCCGAGGCAUCCGCAGCAAGAGGCCCCCGGGCAGCCGCAAGCCCUCAGCCAGCCGGGCCUCCACCUGCCGCUGCCACCACAAGCUGGUGGAGGGCGGGGAGUUCGCCCUGGAUGCCCACAACGACAAGCCGCAUGCUUCAGCGCCCACGUUGACCCCCAUAUGACCCCCAUCUGACCUCGGGCUGGGACGCGAUGCCUGGCCUGCCAACGGGGACAGGCGGGGAGGCAUCGCGCCGGUGGAGGGGUCCUAUUGGUGCUGGGUGCCCCCACUUGGAGUUCACCGAGCUGUCCAGUUGCACUGGGGGCAGAUACUUUUCGAGCGCUGGGCACUGUGCUGAAUGCUUGGGUGUAGGUCACACCGCAGGCCCAGUGUCAUCCCCUAGGCAAAACCAACAUUGAAACGAGCAGAUUAACUACUGAGCAAGGGGAUGCUUAGGGCACUUAUAGCCGGGCUUCUACCCAACCCAGGAGGGAGCGAGCAGGCGAGAAUUUCCUGAGGAAAUCAAGUUUAAGAAAGGUGAGAAGUGCUUCCAAGCAGAGAGAAGGGCAGGUGCGGGGGCCUGGAAGCUACAGGAGGAGAGAUGCUGGCCCUGGGCUGGAUGCAUCUGACCAAAAAGGACACCCUGCCCUUCAGAGAAGCACUCAGUCCCUGCGCUGCAGAGGGAGAAUUCCACAUCAGUGGGAGGUCGGGAGGCCUGAGGAUUCUUGGGAAGAGGAGGAGGAGGCUCUGGUGACACCAACCUCUCCUGGUGACACCCAGGGGUCCUCUGAGUCCCACUGCUCUCGGGGCAGGUCCCCCUCCCCAGACUCCACUCUCCCAGCCUCAGGAAGCUCCGCUCCCCAUCUUCCUCCCGGCAAAUGUGCCCAGUCUGGUGCCAGCCUUUCAGACGCUGCUUCGUGGGACGUGGGAUGGAUGUCCUAAUAGGAACAUCCCUAUGGCAGUGUCCUUGAAAACGAAUAAAGGCUGUGUUUUGUAC